UGUCAGCUGUUAAACUUGUGCUAACAGCUGACUCAGUGCUGCCAUCUUGUUUGUUGUAGGUGGCAGUACAGGAGAUUGUCUUUCCAUGAUGGAGGUGAGAAGCAGUGAAGUUGACAACAGAGGUCUGGACUUUAGUUUUGUCCUGAUUCUCCUGCAGUGUCUCCUGACUGUCACCCAGGCCGGGGGUCCAUGUCAGAGUUGGAGGAUGAGACAGACAGGGAGCUGGAGCAGAGCACGUCAAACUCACUGGGGUUCCCUCCUUCACCUCCAGUGUGGACGGAGUCAGAGUGGGUCUGGGUGGAUCAGCUGGUGGGAAGGUGGCAGUACAGGAGAUUGUCUUUCCAUGAUGGAGGUGAGAAGCAGUGAAGCUGACAACAGAGGUCUGGACUUUAGUUUUGUCCUGAUUCUCCUGCAGUGUCUCCUGACUGUCACCCAGGCCGGGGGUCCAUGUCAGAGUUGGAGGGUGAGACAGACAGGGAGCUGGAGCAGAGCACGUCAAACUCACUGGGGUUCCCUCCUUCACCUCCAGUGUGGACGGAGUCAGAGUCGGUCUGGGUGGAUCAGCUGGUGGGAAGGUGGCAGUACAGGAGAUUGUCUUUCCAUGAUGGAGGCCGGGGGUCCAUGUCAGAGUUGGAGGAUGAGACAGACAGGGAGCUGGAGCAGAGCACGUCAAAUUCACUGGGGUUCCCUCCUUCACCUCCAGUGUGGACGGAGUCAGAGUCGGUCUGAGUGGAUCAGCUGGUGGGAAGGUGCCCUGUGUGGAGUGUUUAAGGUCAUAAUACCACAGACUAUAGAGGUUGUUAGUGGAUCCUGUGUGACCAUCCCCUGCUCCUUUGACGUGACAGACCAGUUUGUAUCAAAGCUAGAUAAGACAUGUAAAGCACUAUGGAAAAAAGAUGGAGUUACUGUGUUUGAUAGCAGCCAGACACAAACAACUACAAACAACGGACAACUGACAGGAGACUUGACCAAAAAAGACUGCACCACAACCCUGAACAACAUACAACCUGUUGACAACAACAAGAAGUAUACCUUCAGGCUGGAAUGCAACAGUGACCUGAAAUAUAAUUUUCCCAAUGAAACCUCUUUUUCAGUCACAGCUGAUCCACCCAGACCGACUCUGACUCCGUCCACACUGGAGGUGAAGGAGGGAACCCCAGUGAGUUUGACGUGCUCUGCUCCAGCUCCCUGUCUGUCUCAUCCUCCAACUCUGACAUGGACCCCCGGCCUGGGUGACAGUCAGGAGACACUGCAGGAGAAUCAGGUCAAAACUAAAGUCCAGACCUCUGUUGUCAAAUUCACUGCUUCUCACCUCCAUCAUGGAAAGACAAUCUCUUGUACUGCCACCUACAACAAACAAGAUGGCAGCGCUGAGUCAGCUGUUAGCACAAGUUUGACAGCUAAUAUUUCAGUUGCUCCAGAGAUCCUGCCCUCUUCUAACUGCACCAAAGCUGGAGCCCAGCUUAACUGUUCCUGUGAGACUGUGGGAAACCCUUCUCCCACUUUAAUGUGGUAUUUGGACGGGUCACCUGUCAAUAACUCAGACAAUUUGACCAUCACCUAUGAGCCUCCAAAUGACACGGGCCUGAGGAGCAUCAUCACUGUGAACCAACCACAGGAGAGGGAUCUUUCCACUUUGCUCUGCCGCACCUCUAACUCUCUGGGAUCUGCUACUCACCACUUUUGUGCCUACUGCCUCCAGCCUCAAUCAUCUGCGGAACGUCAAGAAUGUCCAGGUGGAGUUACGUUUCCAGUCUUCAUCAUCACUGUUGGUGUUUUAUCAGCAGCACUAUUCUGUGCUCUUCUGUUUGCUAUCAGAGCUCGGGGGACUGGCUGCCGUACUCCUAAAAAGAGUCAGAGCACAGGUGACACCAGCCCAGCUGUGAUGAGUCAAGGCCUGACAACUGAAAAUGGAAAUAAGGUGUCCGGCACAUCAGAAGAGGAUAUUUAUGCCAACACCAAUAUGAUGAAAAAGUCAGAUAUGCCAAACAGCGAUGUGGUUUACUCUAGUGUGAUCUGGAAGAGCAAGGAGAAGAAGGGAGAAUGCUCUGGAGGCACGGGCCCGUCUGGUAGCUCAUAUCUGGAAGAGGAGAGGUGCAUGGAGGGAGGCAUGCGCACAAAUUAUGUGAGCAAUGCAGUGGAGAUGGAGAGUCUAUAUGACAACACUAGAAAAGAUGUAAAGGAGGCUGUGUAUAGUGAAUAUGCCCAGGUUCAUUUUAGAGACACAAAUGUGAUGUAAUGCAUGUGCCAUUACUACAGCUGUUUUACUGCGGCAUUGCUACAUUGUAUUUGAUAUUAUUGGCUAUUAUUUAUUCAGUAGAAGUUUAUCAUGCAGUAGUAUUAUCUUCUCAAUGCAGAUUUAGCCAGUUUAAAGAGUUUUCAGUUAAAGGAACAGUGUGUAAGAUUAAGGGGGAUUUAGUAGCAUCUAGUGGUGAAGAUUGCACCUUGCAACCAGCUGAAACUUCUCCUGGUUAUUUAUUUUUAGUUUUAAUUGUUCAGGAGGUUUUUACAAGGAGCCAAAUUAUCCGGAGAGGUCUCUUCCUCUCCAAAACAAUCGGUCCAGGUGAUUUAAAUCGAUUAAAACCCUGACUAAAACAGUUUCAUGUGACAAAUCAGUGUUUCUCCAGCAAUGGGCGGCAUAUUGCAGAUGGGCUGCUCGCCCAGCACCUGCUAAUGUGUGUUCAGUGUCCCCGUUUUUCUCUGAUAACUUAAUGUGUGCUCACCUUAUUUGUGAUCCAGAUGUUCAGGAGGUUUUUACUGUGAAUCGAGUUGUGCACAGAGGUCUCCUCUUGUCCAAUACAAAUGGACCUGGUGAUUUAAACCAGUAAACACAUUGAAUAAAGAAGUUUCAUGUUACAAAUCAGUGUUUCUCUGAUGCUGUUCGGCUCAUAAGGGAUGGACCAACUUUUUCUCUGAUAACUAAAGAUCUAUAUGUUCAGGAGGUUUUACCAGGA